UAGUGUGAUGCACGCAAGCGCAUCGUAUCCAAUCUUUGCUGCGAUGGCCGAUGCUGCACCCGUGUACGGCGAGCCGUACUGCGUCACGGACGAUAAGGUCGCGGCCGUCGCCUCCGGCCGCCUCGUCGUCAUGGGCAUGGACGCCAACGAGAAGCUCGUCGGCGCCGGCAUGGUCCAUCUGCGCGUCUUCCAAGGCCAUGUGCACUCGUCCGGCUUCGCGUUUCCGCCCGGCGUCUACUACGACCUGUACUCGCCACGCUGGUCCAACUUGAGCACGCUCGUGGCGUCGGACGCGCCGUCGCUCUACCAUGCGCCGUGCACAUCGCUGACCAAAGCCCGCUGGCUGCUCACACACGCGGCCGAUCCGCUCAACGACGAGGACGAGGCGCAGGCCGACGCGCUCGCCAAGGACAUGGCCGCGUGGUUUCCCGUCGUGCUCGUGCUCCGCGCCAUGCGCCUCACCUACGGCAACCUGGCGUCGUACUUUGACGGACAGACAACGCAUGUGCGCCUGCCCGGCUUCAAGUUCAUUCGGUACCCCGACGUGCUCGUGACCGAAAAGGUGUCCAAGAAGCGCGCCAAGACCGAGACACCGACCAUCACGGACGGCGCCGCGCUCUUCGCGUCCAUUAGCUCCCUCGAGCCGAACGCGGUGCGCGAGCUCUUCUUCCCGCCUUCGUGGCACACGGCGGCGCGUCGAGUGUGCGAGAGCUUCCGCGCCAACGUGGACGCGCGCAAGGUGCUCGUCUGCGGCGCCAAGGGCGUCGGCAAGUCGACGUGCACGCAGUUUCUCGUGAACCAGCUCCUCUCGAGCCAUCGGGUGGUGGCCUACAUCGACUCGGACGUGGGCCAGCCCGAGCUCUGCGCACCUGGUGUCCUCUCGCUGCAUUACAUCACCGAGCCGCUCUUGGGCCCGAGCUACACCCAUCUGCAGCCAGCGUACAGGUCCUUGUACUUUGGCUAUUCGAGCCCGAAAGCCGACCCACAGCUGUACAUUGCGGCCGUCGCAUCGCUUCUGCAGGCGUACGAAGCGAGAGACACGACGAUCCCGCUCGUCAUCAACACGGACGGCUGGAUCAAGAGCAUGGGCUACGACCUCCUGCACUCGAUCUUGGACUGUGCGACGCCGCAGCACGUCCUGCAGGUCGUGGCCAUGACCAAAGCCAAGAGUUUUGAUGUGCCUCCGUCCCCCAAGUGGACGCUGCAUCCGGUCGAGAUGUGGGACGCGGCACCGCCGCAGCCAGCACGCAGCUCCAAGGACCUGCGGCAGUACCGAUGGCACGCGUACUUUCUGCGCGACGUGAUCGUUGAGGAGCCCGAGACGCUCCAGCUCGCGACGUGCCACGCCAUGUCCGAGCAGACCCGCCUCGGCCGUGCUAUCUCGAUGAUGUACACGCGCCAACUGCCGUACCGAGUGCCUUUCCACGCCGUCGCCGUCCGCGUCACUGGCUCGUCGGCGCCACCCAGUCAGAUCCUCUAUGCACUGAACGCAAGUGUGAUCGGCCUAUGCGUUGCGCCGCCGACGCUCCUCGCCAAGACCAACGAGAGGUGCAAGCCCGAUGUGCCCACCGUUCUUCUCGACUAUGACCUCCUCCCGUGUGUUGGGCAUGGUAUCAUUCGGAGCAUCGACGUGGCCGCUGGCGAGUUUCACAUCUUGACGCCUGUUUCCACGGAGCUUCUCGCACACGUAAACGUCCUCGUCCGCGGCCAUCUCUCGCUCUCGUUCCAGCUCCUCGACCAGAGCGCCGUCCUCGGCGGCCACUGCCCGUAUGCGAUUGUCGAUGUCCUGGCAGCCGAAGGCACGGGCGCGUCGCUCAUGGAGAGCCGCAACAACCUCAAGCGCAAAAAAGAAGGCUAA